CUAAAACAAAAUGUAUACUCAACUAAAAAUCCUAAUAUAAAAAAAGUUUGUAGCUUUUUCUUUGGGAGAAAACCGAGUUUCAUGAAUGUGGGUUUGAUGACAUAUUGCUUUAGAGUCAGCAAAGUCACUUUCUUGGCUUGCUCGCUUUCUUUGCCUGAAUAAAAAGUUAUAGUUUAGUAGUAGUCGGUACCGAAUUUUACUGGCAUUUCUUUUUCCCAGUGGAAAAUUUAAUCUUUUAAGUUUGUUUAUUUGAGUGUUUGGUGGAGGAAAUUGUUGUGAAGCUGACCUCAAAGAUUUCAAUGCCUUUUUUAUUGUGUCUAUCUCUCUGUCUCUCAAAAGGGAAUUUGGGUUUUCGUUUUUUUUAAUUGAAGCGUUUGGGGUUUGGUUAUUGGUUCUUACAGUUCAUACCUUGUCAUCAAUACGCGUUGCGUAUCUUAGUUGAUUUUCUUCCAAGUAUAAGUUGUUGUUUUAAUCUCGUUUCGUCGACUUGGGUGCUAUUGUUGCUUAGUGUCGCAGUCAGAUCUGGCAUUUUGCCUUUGCUCGAACCGCAUUUGGACAUUCUCGUAGAUCAGGUUGGAAAUCCUGAGGUUGAUUUAGAAAAGUUGGAAUUUUUAUGUUUGAAAAUUGGGAAUUCGUGUUAGUUAUACAAAGGCGGAUACUGGGUUUGUGAUACGUAGGAAGUUUAUUGUCAUUGAUUCCAAGGAAUUUGCAUUUUGGCUGAGUUAAACUAUAUAACAACAUAGGAUCUUUAGGUAUUGGAGUUUAGUAUGCUAUUGAGAGAAAGGGUACACUAGCUUGAAGGUCUUGGGCCUAAGACUUUGUCGUGGAGAGAAAGGGUACAAUAGCUUGAAGGUCUUGGGCCUAAGACUUUGUUGUGGAAGAAAUGGCGUCGAGUGAAGGGAAGCGCCAUCGUCAUAAUCUUGUGCCUCUUGCUGCAUUGAUCAGUAAAGAGAUGAGGAGUGAGAAGAUGGAGAAGCCGACUGUGAGAUAUGGGCAUGCAGCUCAGUCUAGGAAAGGGGAAGAUUAUUUCCUGAUUAAGACGGAUUGUCAGCGAGUCCCAGGGAAUUCUUCAUCAGCGUUUUCUGUAUUUGCGAUCUUUGAUGGACACAAUGGAAAUGCUGCCGCCAUUUUUACAAGGGAGCAACUGCUGAAUCAUGUGUUGGGUGCUAUUCCCCGUGGGCUUGGACGGGAGGAGUGGCUUCAGGCUUUACCUCGGGCAUUGGUUGCUGGGUUUGUGAAGACUGACAAAGAAUUCCAAAGCAGAGGAGAAACAUCUGGAACCACUGCUACGUUUGUAAUAGUUGAUGGGUGGACUGUGACAGUUGCAUCUGUUGGAGACUCCCGUUGUAUUUUAGAUACUCAGGGUGGCACUGUUUCCACCUUAACUGUUGAUCAUAGACUUGAAGAGAAUGUGGAAGAGAGGGAACGUGUUACUGCAAGUGGAGGUGAAGUGGGAAGGCUUAGUAUUGCUGGUGGUGCUGAGAUUGGUCCCCUCCGUUGUUGGCCAGGGGGUUUAUGCCUUUCUAGGUCAAUUGGAGACAUGGAUGUUGGAGAGUUUAUAGUUCCGAUACCAUAUGUCAAGCAAGUGAAGCUUUCAAAGGCAGGUGGGAGGCUUAUAAUUGCUUCUGAUGGCAUCUGGGAUGCCCUAUCCUCUGAAAUGGCAGCAAAAUCUUGUCGUGGGUUGCCUGCUGAACUUGCAGCUAGGCAAGUUGUGAAGGAAGCAUUAAGGACAAGGGGUCUAAAGGAUGAUACAACCUGUAUAAUUGUCGAUGUAAUUCCUCCUGAUCCUUCAGUACAACCCUCGACUCCUCCUAAAAAGCACAAUAAGCUAAGAGCUCUAUUUUUUAGGAAGAGGGCUCACGAUUCUGCUAUAAAACUUUCAAAGAAGCUAUCAGCUGUAGGUAUAGUGGAAGAAUUGUUUGAAGAAGGCUCAGCAAUGCUUGCUGAAAGAUUGGGAAACGAUGAGUCUACUGGCCAAUCAACAUCUGGCCUUUUCGUCUGUGCUGUAUGCCAAGUUGACCUUGCUCCAAGUGAGGGCAUCUCUGUUCAUGCUGGUUCCAUCUUCUCCACCAGCUCAAAGCCCUGGCAAGGGCCUUUUCUUUGUGCUGAUUGCCGUAACAAGAAGGAUGCAAUGGAAGGAAAACGUCCUAGUGGAGUUAAAGUAACAUAGCUCCUAUAUUGUUUCACCCCUAUUCUUUACCCCAUAAAUUCAAUUUUUUGAAAUCUCCUUUUUCAUAGGCUAGGCAAUUGUUUGAAUCUUACUAAAAGAUGUUGCAUAAAAUGUAUAUGUAAUAUCCGCAAAUAAUGUAAAAUGAGUUUUAGCAUUCAACUAAUAGAAGGUUUAAGGAGCAACUAUCUUA